AAUCUGAAGGCUCAUAGGAUACCUCUGCAUACCAAAUGCCUCUGGACUUCUGGUUCUCAGAAGUUUGCCCAGAUAUCCAUGCCAGAUAAGAUGAAACAGAGUCAGAUGGAGAACUGAAAGACAUCAGCUCAGCAGAGGCCAGUGAAACACUCUACGUGCUGAAAGACACCAAUGUUUGGAUUCCUUGGUGAUUUGAAGUUCACAGAGAAUCACUACCCAGAAGCUGGAAAUAACAUACUGAGAUGGGCAGCAGCGAGCCCCUUCCCAUCGCGGACAGUGACAAGAGAAGAAAGAAGAAGCGGAAGUCCCGGGCCACUGACUCCUUGCCGGGAAGGUUUGAAGAUAUGUACAAGCUGACCUCUGAAUUGCUGGGAGAGGGAGCCUAUGCCAAAGUUCAAGGUGCUGUGAGCCUGCAGAGUGGCAAAGAGUAUGCUGUCAAAAUCAUUGAAAAACAAGCAGGCCACAGUCGGAGUCGAGUAUUCCGGGAGGUGGAGACACUCUACCAGUGUCAAGGAAACAAGAACAUUUUGGAGCUGAUUGAGUUCUUUGAAGAUGACACCAGGUUUUACUUGGUCUUUGAGAAAUUACAAGGAGGCUCCAUCCUAGCCCACAUCCAGAAGCGGAAGCACUUCAAUGAACUAGAAGCAAGCCGAGUAGUUCGGGAUGUUGCUGCUGCCCUUGACUUCCUACAUACCAAAGGCAUUGCUCACCGUGACCUAAAGCCAGAAAAUAUAUUAUGUGAAUCUCCAGAAAAGGUGUCUCUGGUGAAAAUAUGUGACUUCGACUUGGGUAGUGGGGUAAAACUGAACAACUCCUGCACUCCUAUAACCACGCCAGAGCUAACCACUCCGUGUGGCUCUGCAGAGUACAUGGCCCCUGAGGUGGUAGAGGUCUUCAGAGAUGAGGCCACUUUCUACGACAAGCGCUGUGACCUGUGGAGCCUGGGUGUGGUCCUGUACAUCAUGCUGAGUGGCUACCCCCCCUUUGUGGGACACUGUGGAGCUGACUGUGGCUGGGACCGAGGAGAGGUGUGCAGGGUGUGCCAGAACAAGCUCUUUGAGAGUAUCCAGGAGGGCAAGUAUGAGUUUCCUGACAAGGACUGGGCUCACAUCUCCAGUGAAGCAAAGGACCUCAUCUCCAAGCUCCUGGUUCGAGAUGCAAAGCAAAGACUCAGUGCGGCCCAAGUUCUGCAGCACCCAUGGGUGCAGGGGCAAGCUCCAGAAAGGGGACUCCCCACGCCGCAAGUCCUCCAGAGAAACAGCAGCACCAUGGAUCUGACACUCUUUGCGGCUGAAGCCAUCGCCCUUAACCGCCAGCUGUCCCAGCAUGAGGAGAAUGAACUGGCUGAGGAGCAGGAGGCCCUGAUUAAGGGGCUCUGCUCCAUGAAGCUCUCCCCUCCCUCCAAGUCUCGCCUGGCCCGCCGGCGGGCCCUGGCCCAAGCAGGCCGUGGUGGAGAUGCUAAGCCAUGCCCAACACCUACAGGACUCAACCACUCCAGCCACACCUCCUAGACCCAGACCUGUGCAGGCCUUGCACUCCCGGAACCUGCGAGGCCAAAGUCUGUGAGCAAGCUGAGGGGCUGCUCUGCCACUCCAGUCUAGCUUUUCCUAUCCACAAAGGCCCUGGGGUUCCCACACAACCCCCAUCUCCCCAGGGUCCUUGUAGGAAAAAGCUUUUUCCAAAGGGGUUGUCUUUGAAAUGGAAAGCAAUCACUUGUCACUUUGCAUAAUCGCCUACAGCAGGGUCAUCUCUUUGCUGGGCUCCACCUGCUCACUUGCCUGCAGACCCCAUCCAGCCUGCAGCAGAGCUGUGUCUGGGCUGCUGGGGCCUCAGCAGCCUCCAGGGAGCCGGCUUUCAAGAAGCUGACAGGGGCUGCUGGACCCGUGUGCUUCUCUGCACUGUCACCUUCCUGACGGUCCUUCCCCCUUCCUCUGUCCUCUGGAUGUCCUCUUUGCCUGUCCUCUUUGGCUGAAUGAAGCCAUCCCCUCAAUUCAGGAAGGGCAUGGAGCCCCCCUUCCUCAGAGGGCAGAUCAGUCUUCCAGUCUGUAGCAUGGAGAAGCACAUAAUCUUUCUUUGCCGUGACCAAAAUGUGUUCCUCAUUUAUCAUCCUCUUCCUUGUUUGGGACUGCUGCUAAAGUCAGUAUUACUUCUUUUUUUUUUUUAAGUAUUUGUUCUUUUAACCAUGUUUUUCCAGCAAACAGGAACAUUUUAACUUCGCUGCAAGCCCAUGGACUUCACAGAGCAGACUUAGGUUUUAAUCAGCUCCUCCCCACAAUUGAACUGGUUUUAAGUUGUUACUAUGAUGAGCCCUUUGGAGACAGUGUGGGUGUCCACUCCUGCUGUCCCCUGGGGCCUGUGUGGAGAAUGAUGCAGGUCCAGAUAGAUGGAGCACUUUGCCAAAUGGAAGGCAGCCCACUGCCCUGAUCUGACCCAUUGCUUGCUGCCCUGGAGAAUGAAAGUGUGGCCAUUGUCAGAUAAGCUGUUGAGUUACAUAAAGAAAAUAUAACCAUAGCCACUACAUUUUGCUUAUUUUAAUAAAACUAUUUUAAAUUCUA